AUGUCGGGCUCGGGCUACGACGCCGUUGUAGACGUCGAUGAUGAGGGCGAUCUUGGACACACCGAUCUCCAAGAAGAUCUCGAAUUCCAUAACUCGAACUUCACAGAGACCGGCCCAGGCGCGAGGAAACCCGGUGGUGGCUCCGGCCUACCGCUCCCUGCCACGGCGUCGUCAUCCUCGGGCAAGCGCUUUCUUUGGUCCAUGUCGUUUUACGCGCAAUUUUUUGACGUCGACACGUCUUCUGUUUUGACCCGGUGCUGGGCGGCGCUGUACCCGCGAGCCAACUUCCUCGACGUCCUCGAGGGCAAUCCCGACCUUUACGGACCCUUCUGGAUCGCCACCACCGUGGUCUUCAUCUUGUUCCUGGGCGGCACGAUAAGCCAGUAUCUCGCGACGACGGGACAGGAGCCGUUUGCGUACGAUUUCACAUUGUUGAGCGGUGCUGCCGGCCUGAUCUACGGAUACACACUGGUCAUUCCGGUGGUUCUGUACGUCGCUCUUCGAUACUUCGGCUCCGAGGCCGCAAACCUUCUGGAGUGCUGGGCCCUAUACGGCUACAGCAACCUGAUCUGGGUCCCAGUCGCCCUGAUCAGCUGGUCGAGCAUCGAUAUCCUCAACUGGGUGUUUGUCGCCGUGGGUCUCGGCAUGUCUGUUACCUUCCUGCUGCGGAACCUGUACCCCGUGCUGUCGGCGACGGAUCGCCAGACGAGCAAGGUCCUGCUUGUCGUGGUGGUGGCGCUGCACUUUGCACUCGCCUUGACGAUCAAGUUCCUCUUCUUCGCCCACUCCAGCCCCAUCAACAAGAAGCCUGUAGAGGGAGGCGAGGGACAAUAG